UUUAUACAUAUGCGAAAUACAACGAUUUCAGUUUAGAAUAUUUACUGCACGGGUUAACUAAGAACCUCAGUUUGUACAGUUGACGAUAGAUGAUCAGACGAUAUAUCAGCUGAGAUUUGAUCAGUUAGGUUCCAGUGUAACAGACAGUAAAGAUGGUAUAGAAGAUACCUACCAUGGUAGAUAAGUAUGAUGAAGAUUUGUAUGAAAACCCAUUCUUCAUUGCUUUACAGACUAACUUUCCUUCAUUGAAUGAAGAGGCAACAUCCAGUUGUUGGACAGUCUGUAUACCAAGAUAUUCCUCUGUAGAACAUGGAAGUUUUACUGAACAUGAUGUUAAAGAUCACGUUAUUAUUACAUCACAGACAGAAACAGACAUUUAUUCAACUUGGUCAGGAAAGAAAGUCUGCAUCACAGAUGGAAAGCUUUCAUUAAAGAUUGGCAAUGAAGAAAAUAAGGUUCCAAUCUUAUUUGAAGAGACAUUUUACAACAAUAGUGAUGAAUCUUACAAAGUUUUGUGUAUUGGCUGGCCACUGAAUACUAUCCCUAAAGAUAAUGUUAAAAAUGAUCACCUCAAAACUGCAGCAAGGCCAGCCACAUAUGAAGAGUGUUGUAAAUUACUUUUUGGACACUCAGGAUCCAGACGAAGUAGGGAUGCUGUUGAUAAACUACUGGAUUCCUUCGCUAAGUCCUACAAGAUAUCAGGAGAAAAGUUUGUCGAUAUUGUUGACAUUGCUUCUACACAGUACACCAAAGUUAUGCAGACAGCUAUGAAAGAUUCUAGUGUGAGAAGACAAGCACAAGAAAGCCAGGCAAACAUGGACAAUUUAAAGUUUGCUGUGGAGGCCUACAUGAUGCAAGCCAUUCAUAAGGAAUUAUUCCAAGUCAUAGUCACCAACUUUUCUAGUCAGGAUACAGAUAUCAACAAGAUGAGAAGAAACUUAAAGGACAUUAACCUUAAUAAUCUGGGUGUCAAGUCAGAUUUCAUCUCUAAUAUAGUUCCUGCCAGAAAGGAAUUGGUCAGGCUGAAUUCUUACUCAACACCUUUCGGAAGAAUGAAAUGUUUGAAAAGAGUAGUCUCAGUUUUAUGUAGACCUCCAAAGAGAAAGAAUUCAGUAGAGGAAUCCAUAGUGAUCACCACAGAUGAUUUCCUUCCUAUGUUAAUCUUCCUGAUUGUAAAAUCUGAUAUUCCUAAUUGGAUGGCAAAUCUUAUGUAUAUGAAGCAUUUCCAUUUUUCUAGAACUACAGAUGAUGAUGAAUACUUGUAUUACUUGACUACAGUCGAGGCAGGGUUAGAACAUAUAAAGAGUGGUAAACUAACAGAAGAAUCAAGCAAGGCUAAUAUUGUUGUUUUUCCCAAACAUGACAGUAAGACAGAAAUCAAUCGACAGACAUCCAGUAGUAUUGUAGACAGAUUUUUUCAGUAUGUGCAAUGUGGUGAUGAAUCAGCUGUGAUAACAUUACUGAGGAAGUCUAAGUCUGGUCAGGAUGAUAUCAGUCCAUUAAUGUGCCAUCCUCUGUGUGGCUGUGAUAAAUGUUCACGUCUUACGUCACAAGUCAAAACAGAUGAAAACCUGGUAACAGCCUACACCAGAGAUGAUAGAGGUUACACAGCUCUACACAUUGCUGCUUUACAUGGCCAGGCACAUUUAAUAGAUGUUCUUAUUCAACAUGGUGCUAUAGUGAAUGCUAGUGACUACCUAGGACUUACACCUCUUCACCUUGCUUGUCAAAAAGGAUUUCAGAAUAUAAUUUUGUUACUGCUCCACUUUAAAGCAGAUGUUAUGUUGACAGACGGGGUCGGGAACACACCACUACAUCUGUGUGUUGAUAACGGACAUGAAGAUUGUGUGAAAGGUUUAGUAUUUUCUGAUGUAUCCAGAAUAAAGUUAGAUAUUAAUGCACAGAAUGAGAGAGGAGAUACACCACUUCAUUUAGCAGCAAAAUGGGGCUAUGGUACCAUUGUGAACUCAUUACUAGAGAAUGGGGCUGAUGUUACUAUAAAAAAUAGAAAGAAACAGACAGCGUUAAGUCUGGCACAGAACAAAAACGUUGUACAGAUAUUUACUGACUUUGCAACGAAUCCAAAGAUAGAUAUGUCUAGAUCAUACUCACAAUCAGAUUUAGACUACAGUUAUGUAAAAGUAGUGAAACAUGACCAUGAAACCAAGCGCCGUACAGAAUCAGUAUCUUUACCUAAUACACCUAUGGUGGAAUCUCUAGAUCUGAUGGAGGAAAAACAGAUAGCAUUGUUAUACAAGGCCAUUGAAGAUAAGGAUAUUCCCCUGGUACAGUUUCACUUGGGCUGGACCAGCUUGGACAGUGAAGAAACGGAACCUAUCUCACCAAACUCACUGGAAAUGUGCCAUCCUUUGUGUCAAUGUAAAAAAUGUACUCAAGUUCAAAAGAUCUCAGGUAUUGGUAAGAAUGGUCUUCAUGUAAGGAUCAAAGAUAAGAAAGGAUACACGCCUCUUCACAGAGCUGUUCUUGCCAACAGUUUACAACUAGUCCAUUUAUUUGUAACCAAAGGUGCCAAGAUUAACGAUGUGACUUCCAAGUAUAUAACACCACUACACUUAGCUUGUUACCUAGGCUUUACUGAUAUAGCAAACUAUCUAGUUGGAAAUGGAGCUUAUGUGAAUGUUAAAGAUAGCAUGCUAGACACGCCACUCCAUCUUUGUUGUUACAAAGGAUUUGUUGAUAUAAUAGAUAUGUUAAUUCAGAAUCAUGUAAUGGUAAAUCCAUCCAAUAAACAAGGUGAUCUACCCCUGCAUAUAGCUGUUAAAACACAGAACAUAGACACAGUCAGGAAACUGUUAAAGGCUGGAGCUUAUGUUAGUAUCAGAAAUAAAGAUGGCGGAAUUCCAGUAUUUUAUGCCAAGAAUCCAGACAUAGUUGAACUUCUGAAGAUCUACACGAAGAAUGUGAUUCGUCAUGAUAAUGAACAGAUUACUACACCACUAACACAGGAAACAAAUGGACAGGAAAAGCAGCCAAAAGUGCAUCAUAUUUUAAAAGCUACAGAAGAAAGGGACUUAAGUGCUUUACAUGAGCUUUGUCAAUCCAUUGAAACAUUUGAUCCAAAUUCUAGUCUUCGUCGUACCUCUACAGUAGAUAAAAGUUCUGCUCAGCUAAUAAAUUUACAACGGAGGUUGUCUAUAAGAGCUUUUGAUUUAUCAACAUUAAGGCAUGUUCAAUCCAUAGACAAAAGUGAACCUUUACAUAUUUAUAAAUUGGUGCUAAAGGAGAAAAGUAAAUGUGAAGAUAAACUGAACAGUUCAGUAAUAGAAAAUAUCAGUGAUGAAAAUAAAUCUGAAUUUGAAGAAGAUAAUUUCUCUGAACAAAAUGAUGUUUUUGAAAAUGCUGACAUCAAAACUGAUGAUGCAUUUAGCAAACAUGCAGAGGACAUCAAAGAAAACUGUGAUAGUGUUGAAACUGUUAAGGAUUGUUUAGAAAAUUGUUCUGAAAAUAAAGAAUCUAAUGGAAAUGAUGAAAACAGGUCUUUAUUUGAAAAAGUAACUAUCAAGUCAGAAAGUACUGAAGACUGAGCUGUAUGAAAAUCAGUUCUGAUUCUGAUACAGUAAAUGGUGAAGGGUGUAUUUAAAUGAUGAAUAAACAAAUAAUUAUAUGAUGACCAAUAUUAGGAUAGAAGGGUAUUUUUCCAAGUUUUCUUGUGAUGGCUGAUAUGAUCACAAAUGAUAGAUAUUCAAGUACGAAAAUUAUUCCUAAUUAUUUACUUCAAUAUUUACUAAUAAAAUCAAUCUUUUUGAAAAAAGGACCAUAAAAGGUAUCACAUUUUUAUAGUUUUUUGUUUGCUAAAUUUCUAUACUGAUUGUCUGGCAAUCAUGGAAUUUUACAAAAUAUGGGAUGGAAGCUUUUUUAAUUGUUAUAAAAAAAACAAGUUAACAGAACAUUGUUUUUUGUGUUUUCCUAUUUCACCAACAAUUAGCCCUUAACAAUUCUAGAUAUUUUUAUUU